AUGAGUAGCCACACUAAUUCGGAUACCUCCUCGGCACAACACGAAGUUGUGGGUCGCAAAGCUGUGAGCGAUGAGGACGCAAAUGCAAAUGCAACUACAAAAUUGCAAAUAGGCGAGGCAGAACAAGUUGACAAAAAUUCACAACAUUCCUCGAGUACCGCAAGAACACAACGACUGUCAUCAUCACAGCAAAACCAAAAUGCUAAUAGGGUAAAUAACAUGGACUAUGAUUCAAUUAUUUCUUCUAUUGCGUCGACGUCAAAAGAAUAUGAGCAUUUGCAAGCACAACUACGAGGGUCAAAGCCAAUACCCAAGGAAGAGUCAUGGUAUGAACGUUUUAUUGUGGGUAAUUUAGUCAAGCAGUUUGUCCCUGCAUAUUUUGUUUCAGUAAUGGGUACAGGAAUAUCGUCGACCAUAUUGUACCAUUUCCCGUUCCCAGCUUAUUGGCUAGAAGUUUGUUCGUAUAUCAUGUUUGGUAUUUGUUGUAUUUUGUUCAUUGUUAACUUGAUAUUAUUCAUCAUGCAAUGCAUUUACUUCCCAGGGAAGUUGAGAUCGUACCAUGUGGAUCCUCUAAAGGCAUCAUAUAUGGGUGCUUUCUCAAUGGGGUUCACUACAAUUGUCAAUUACACAUCGUUCAUCACUAAAGGUGAUCACAUGUAUCUUGUAUGGACAUUGUGGUGGAUAUCUGUCGCUUCAGCUGUAUACACUGCAUUCCCGAUAGUCUACUUUAGCUUUUUUUCCAAAUUGAAUGCAGUAGAGUCAGAUUCGAAAUUGAAUGCUACAUUGUUGCUCCCUAUUGUUGCAUUAACAGUGACAUCAUCCUCAGGGCACCUAAUUGAGUUGAAUUUGUACACAUUGAAUGAAACUGUCAUCACCAUGAUUGUUAGUUACAUGUUGUGGGCAUUGUCAAUUUGUUUGGCAUUUGCAAUUAUCACUAUAUACAUAUGGAGAUUGAUUAUGCACAAGAUUCCUCCUACGCAGUUGAUAUUUACUGGAUUCCUACCAGUAGGGUUCUUGGGUCAAUCAUCAUACAGCAUUUAUUUAUUUGGCAACAACUUGAACGAGCUUAUUCCAAAAGAGUUGAUAUAUGGAAAAAUUUUUCUAUGUAUUGGGGGAUUUCUUGGGUUGUUUAUUCUCUCAUUUGGCUACUACAUGACAUUCAUAGCUAUCAUGUCAAUCUUUUCAAAGAUACGACCAUUUGCCAAAACCCCUAACUUGAAUCAUACCAACAAAUACGGACUUUUGAAGCACCACAAAGGGUUCUGGGCAAUGACUUUCCCUUUGUGUACCAUGUCUUUGUCCAAUACUGAGAUCGGAAAAGGUGGAGUAGGAAACUACCCGUUAUUAGCUUUCAAAGUUAUGGGUGCUGUUUUUGCAGUUGCGGGUAUUGGCGUGACUGUCGCUUGUCUUGUAGGAGUUGCUGUCUACUCCUAUGGGCUAAUAAGGAGCGAAUUGAGAGUAAAGUAUAGAAAGCAUAAGCAGGAUCUAAUGGUAUAG